CAUGGCUACCGCAGAGUCAGCACCAGCGCAGUACAAGCAGCCUAGUCGAAAGGGCAAAAAGGCCUGGCGAAAGAAUGUCGAUGUCACGCAAAUCCAAUCCGGACUGGAAGAAGCGCGCGAUCAAAUAAUUGACGGCGGUAUCAUCGCAGAGAAAACCUCAGACGAGCUCUUCGCGGUCGACACCACUGGCUCCACUGAAAUCCAAGCAAAGUACAGCAAGCGCCACAAACCGCUCAAAGUCGACGAGAUUCUUAACAAACGCUCUGCCGUUCCUGCCGUAUCCUCCCGCAAACGCCUCUCCGAUUUUGCCGACGAAAAGAAACGCAAGAAAACCAGAGUCACGAAUAAGGAUUACGAUCGUUUAAGAGCGAUAGCGUACGGCGGAGACCAAGUGCAGAAAGAUGUUGUGGAAACAGGCGUUACGGCUGAUUAUGACCCAUGGGCGGUGCAAGAGACGAAGAAGGACCCCAAGUUCAGUUUCCUGGAAGACAAGAAGCCCACGCGGGAACCCAGCACCCUCAAGCAAGAACCUAUUUCCCUGAUCAAGAGCGGCAAAGCGAUCCCCGCCGUCCGCAAACCAGAAGCAGGAAAAUCGUACAACCCCAACUUCAACGAUUGGCAAGCCAUCAUCGCCCGCGAAAGCGACAAAGCCGUCGAAGCGGAAAAGAAGCGGUUACAAGAAGCGCAAGAGGAGGCAGAGCGUAUGGAGCGCGCACUCGUCGAGUCAGACUCAGACUCAGACGCCAAUGAAAGCGCAUGGGAGAGCGAAUGGGAAGGCUUCAGCGACGGCGAGGACGCCGAGUCCAAGAAACUCAAGACGAAACGACCAGAACGUAAAACUCCGGCACAGCGCAACAAGAUCAAGCGCAGAAAGGAAGCAGAAGGACUCGCCAAGCACAACGCGCAAAUGAAGGCUAAGGAACAGCAACUCCAGCGCAUCAAGGAACUCGCAAAGUCCGUAGAAGAAAAAGAAGAAGCGCGUGCCGAUAUCAAACGUCAACUCGCUCUGCUGCCAAAUGAUCCUACUACCGCCGACGACGAUGACGACGCGGGCGAUGAAGAGCUUCGUAAACGUCGUUUGGGAAAACAUUUUGUCCCCGAAGCCCCUCUCGAAGUCGUGCUCCCCGACGAACUACAAGACUCCCUCCGCCGCCUCAAACCCGAAGGCAACCUGCUCAAAGACCGCAUGCGCAGCAUGAUGAUCCGUGGAAAAGUCGAGGCUCGCAAGCAACACCCGUACGCUAAGAAGCGUAAGGUUACGCUUACUGAGAAGUGGUCUUACAAGGAUUGGAAGCUGGAUUAGUGGUGCUUUGGAGAGUGGGAAGAUAGGAACUGAGACGUGGUUGGUGGUCAGUCGUUUGAGAGUGACAAUAAAAUAUGAUGUGAUUAUGAUGGAUUUCUCCGUGUCUUGCUGCUUUGAAUGCCGAAUGUGUGAUGAUUCCACGUUCUGAGAUGAUGUAAUGAUGUUUAGUGUUGUUGGACUCAGUGAGCACAUAUGUAAUUGAGUAAGUGCUCGAUAGUGAACAUGUACAAGUCAGUCCUAUAUACUGGUCCACCAACAUCGAAGUCACAAUCGACGAGCGAAGGAAUUCAGGUACAGUGAACAGCCAUCCUCCAC